AUGGCGAGCGGGGCCGACCGCAUCAGCGGCCUCUACGACGAGCUUCUCCACCACGUGCUCUCCUUCCUCCCCGCGCACGAAGCGGUGCGGACCUGCGUCCUCGCGCGGCGCUGGCGCCACCCCUGGAAAUCCCCGCCCCGGCGCUGCGCGUCACCGGCGUUAAGCGGUGCACCAACCCCGCGUGGUUCGUCAACUUCGUCCACACUCCACAACCUGCUCCUCCUCCGCGACCCCAUGGCGCGCCUCGACUCGUUCGAGCUCGACCGCGACUUCGGCUGCAAGGCGUUCCUGCCCGCCAACGAGGCGCACGUGAACAUGUGGUUCCGGCACGCCGCCAUGUGCGGGCCUCGCGCGCUGCUGGCGUUGCGCACCACCCGUGGCAUCUACAGGCACGGGGUGGACGACGACCCUCAGCGGCUCGCCGGCUCCCCAACGUCCCUCUCCAACACGCUGGAUUUCUCGGGCUGUCCAACGCUGCUCCAUCUCAAGAUGGAGGACUGCGAGAUUGCGGGGAACAUCUCAUCCCCGUUCUUGAAACAUCUCAGCAUCACGGAGUGUUAUUUCCACACUGACCCCUUCCGCGGCCGGAUCUGUUGUGCUGAUGAGGCAGAAAUCACAUAUUUGAUCUGA